AUGAAGAGAGUGACUGACCCGUUUGACGAUAAUGCGAAGGCGCGGAUCGUCGGCGGCGAUAUGACCCGACCCGACUACGUCAGCAGCGGCAGCGACCACAGCGCCGAGGCCGAUGACGACGACGUCACUUCCUCGAGCCUCUCCGCGCUCUUCUUCGGCUGCGACGCUGUCGAAUCGGCGGCGGAGGACUGCGACGGUGCGGAUGCGGAGCUCGAUCGGGCAAUGUGCGAUUCGAUCUCGGAGAGCGUGGAUCUGAUCGCGAGGAUCGUGGAGAACGAGGCGGAUAUGUUUCGGAAUCAGCUUAGGGUUCAGGUUAGGAGAGCGGCGGAGAUAUUCGCGUGCCUGAGAUCGAACAAGCAGAUGAUGCGGCGGAAUGUGAUGGCGUAUUUGAGGAACUGCGGCUACAAUGCGGCGGUUUGCAAGACGAAUUGGCCGAGCUCCGCCGGUCUCAGCGGAGGAAGCUACGAGUUCAUCGACGUCGAUUCGUCGGCGGUGAGAAUGAGAUACGUAGUCGAUUUAGAUUUCGCGGCGGAAUUCGCGAUCGCGCGGCCGACGAGCUCGUACGAGUGCCUCCUACGGCGAUUGCCGCGGAUCUACGUCGGAACCGCGGAGGAAAUGAGGCAGAUCCUGAGAGCGGCGAGCAGCGCCGUGAGGUGCUCGCUGAAGAGCGGAGGUUUGAUUCUGCCGCCGUGGAGGAAGCACCGCUUCAUGCAGUGCAAGUGGCUGGGACCGUACCGGCGGACGACGAAUCUGUUUCCGUCUCCGGCGGCGGAGAAUCGCGUCAAGUGCCGCGCCGUUGGGUUUGACGCUGCCGCUAACGGCGGCCUUUUGGUGUUUUCGGCGGCUAGUAGAACGAGAUGA